GCUCUGGAGAUGGAGGUCUCAGAUCACCUGAAGGCUCGAUCAGUGAUGAGCGACAAGCUGAAGAGCAAACAGAAGGAGGUGCAGAAAGCUCUGAAGACUCUGGACCAGGAGGUGAAACUCAGGAAGGAGAAGCUGCAGGAGGCUCACCAGCUGCAGCUCUUCAAAGCCAACCAGCGCCUCCUGCUGGAGUGGAGUGUGAAGCAGAGCGGUGAGAUGGCAGAGAAAGGGCUUCCCAAGACCAGAGCUGAGGCAGAGCGGCUCAUCGUGGAGCAUCAGGACUGGAAGACGGAGAUCGACGCCCGUGCCGAGCGCAUCGACUCCGUGCGGGACUUCGGUCUGGGUCUGAUCCGGUCGGGGCACGGUUUGAAGGCAGAGAUCCAGAAGGCUCUGAACCAGCUGGAAGAAGCCAAAUCUGGACUGGGCCGAGCGUGGCUGAACCGAAACACGACGCUGGAGCAGGCUCGCACCCUGCAGGUGAGGAGAUUCACUUUCAUACAAUAG